GAGGCGUCGCCGGCAGCGCGCAGUUUCCAGGUCGGAAGCGUCUGUGCGAGUGUUGUGUUGGCGAUGUCCGGGCGCGGCAAGCAAGGAGGCAAGGCCCGCGCCAAGGCCAAGUCGCGGUCGUCGCGCGCCGGCCUGCAGUUCCCGGUGGGGCGCGUGCACCGGCUGCUGCGCAAGGGCAACUACGCGGAGCGCGUGGGCGCGGGCGCGCCGGUGUACAUGGCGGCCGUGCUGGAGUACCUGACGGCCGAGAUCCUGGAGCUGGCGGGCAACGCGGCGCGCGACAACAAGAAGACGCGCAUCAUCCCGCGCCACCUGCAGCUGGCCAUCCGCAACGACGAGGAGCUGAACAAGCUGCUGGGCAAAGUGACGAUCGCGCAGGGCGGCGUCCUGCCCAACAUCCAGGCCGUGCUGCUGCCCAAGAAGACCGAGAGCCACCACAAGGCGAAGGGCAAGUGAGCGGCUGCUCGGCCCGUCCGCGUCCUCUACCUAAACGGCUCUUUUCAGAGCCACCCACUGUUUCCAAUAAAGAGUUGUGGCACCGUA